UCUCACUCUUUCUUCUCUCUUCCCUCUCUCUCUGAAUGUGUGUGCGCUUCUUUUGUCCAGUUAACCAUGAUUACUGGAAAGGACAUGUACGAUGUGUUUGCGGCCAUUGUGCCUUUGUAUGUUGCAAUGCUAUUAGCAUAUGGCUCCGUCAAGUGGUGGAAAAUCUUUACACCUGACCAGUGCUCCGGCAUCAACCGCUUUGUGGCUGUGUUUGCAGUUCCAUUGCUUUCCUUCCAUUUCAUUUCUACCAAUGACCCUUAUGCCAUGAACUAUCGAUUCAUUGCAGCUGACUCCCUCCAGAAAAUCGUCGUUCUUACUGCUCUCUUUCUGUGGCAAACCUUCAGCAAAAAUGGCAAUCUUGAGUGGAUGAUCACGUUGUUCUCACUUUCCACCCUCCCAAACACACUUGUCAUGGGAAUCCCACUCUUGAAGGCCAUGUAUGGAGAUUUCUCGGGAGACCUUAUGGUCCAGAUUGUGGUUUUGCAGAGUAUAAUUUGGUAUACUCUCAUGCUCUUCCUGUUUGAGUUCAGAGGUGCAAAGCUCCUCAUUGCUGAGCAAUUCCCUGAGACUGCUGGAUCCAUCACCUCCUUCAAAGUUGAUUCAGACGUUGUGUCACUAAACGGUCGUGAGCCAUUGCAGGCUGAUGCUGAGAUCGGUGACGAUGGAAAGCUUCACGUAGUGGUAAGAAGAUCGGGUACAGCAUCUAUGAUUUCUUCUUUCAGCAAAUCCAAUGGACUAAACUCGUUAACUUCCAUGACCCCACGGGCAUCGAACCUCACCGGUGUUGAGAUCUAUUCGGUACAAUCUUCUCGAGAACCCACGCCAAGGGCUUCCAGCUUUAACCAGACAGAUUUUUAUGCCAUGUUUGCUAGCAAGGCACCCAGUCCAAAACAUGGAUACACAAAUAGUUUCCAAGGGGGUUUAGGCGGCGAUGUUUACUCAUUGCAGUCUUCAAAAGGAGCAACACCAAGGGCUUCAAAUUUUGACGAGGAGAUGUUUAAGAUUGGGAAGAAGAGGCCGGGAGGACGGAGCAUGAGCGGUGAGUUGUUUAAUGGCGGUUUCGUUUCAUCGUACCCGCCUCCAAACCCUAUGUUGUCGGGGUCUACUAGUGGUGGCCUAAGGAAGAAGGAUAGUUCUGGCGGUGGUGCAGUGCCUAACAAGGAGCUUCACAUGUUUGUUUGGAGCUCGAGUGCGUCUCCAGUUUCGGAAGGGAACCUGAGACAUGCAGUUAAUGCAGCUUCCUCAACGGACUUUGGUGUCAUUGAUCCUUCCAAGGGCGCUGCUCCUCAACAUGAAAAUGCUGCUUCAAGAGGAAUGCACGAUUCAGAUGAAAAU